AAAUAUUGGUUAAAUCAGUAUGAAAAUCCUGAAUAUGAUAGGACGUAGAUGUGUCCCUUUCAUAUCAUAUAAAUUUUUAAACGUGUAGAGAAAAUUUUCUUCCUUCAUUUCAAUUAACGAAGUUCGCAAUAAUUUAUCCAACUUCCACGCAACAAUGAUAUUUACUUUUUAAGAUCCUGGUUCAUUAAAAGUUCGAAAGUUGCCUCGAGGUAAUUCGACGAGUUUGAAAAAAGGAUGCCCAAUCAAGCUCUUCAAAAAAAUAAAAAAAAAAAAAAAAAAGAAAGUAAAACAAACAAAAAAAUCGAUUAUCUUCCGUCGAAAUGAUUUUUUUCCUAUAGAAACAUCUACGUACACAUAACCUGCUGAAUUUUAUAUCAAUAACAUUUCGAUCGAACUGAAUAUAAUUUGAUUGGGAAUGAGAGAGAAGAAAAAAAAAAAAAAAAAAAGAAAAAAGAAAAAAGAAAAAGUCAAAGUCGAAUCGGCAAUUUCAUUUUCGUGGAAAUAUUAUUUCAGCUCGAAGAUACUCGAACGUUUACUUUCGAUAGGAUUUUAAUCGAUUUUCACAGCUCGUUCUAUAAUAUUACUUAAAAAAAAAAAAAAAAAAAAAAAAUGAAAAAAAGGAAAAGUAAACGACAAGUCGUAGAAGGGAGGGGAGGAUAGGAGGAAAGAAAAAGAGAGAGAGAGAGAGAGAGAGAGAGAGAAAGAAAGAGGAAAUGAGUGAGUAAGAGAGUAAGAAGAGUGAGUGAGUGAGUGAGUGACUGAGUGAGUGUGUCAGUAGGAGUAAGGAGAAUUAUCGAUUGUAUAACAAAUUAUUGCCAUAACUAGUUUCAACCUAUUAACGAGUAACGAACGAUCAUCGAGAAGAUGCCUAAGGCAAAUUAUUAACAACGCACGAUAUCGCUUGAAAUAGGGUUCACUUUAAUGUCAGCACCAUUUUGUUGUUCUGUUUACUCUUUAGCAUAAAAUUAUUCGCAACUUAUUCACCAAGAAUAAAAACCAUUAUUGAAUAUUACAUUAUCAUUAAUAACAAUGAUAACGAUAAUGAUAAUAAGAAUAAUAAAAGACAUUGAAUAUUCAACAUUCUAUAUAUCUUUAUAAUCCUUGAAUUAAUUCACACGCGAGAAAUCAUUUUUUUUUCUUUUCUUUUCUUUUUUCUUUUUUUUUUUUCAAAAAAAUAUAGAAAUUUUGGAUGAAUUAAAGUGUGAGAUUAAAAAUUCAAAUUACGUGCUCGUUGCUACGAAAGAGACGAAUAAUAUAGCCAGAGAGAUAGAGAUAGAUAGAUAUAGAGAGAGAAAGAGAAAAAAAGAGAGAGAUAGAGAGAGAGAGAGAGAGAGAGAGGGAGAGAGAGAGAGAAUAAAAAAUAUCGUUUUAUCGAAGGAACAAUCGACUUCAUUAAUCCAGUGAUAUAAUUCGAACAAGUUACUUAAGAGGAAAGAAAGAAGAAGAAGAAAGUGGAAAGAAAAAAAAAAGGAAAAAAAAAAGAAGAAAGAAAAGUAAUAGAAUGCUUUAUUAAAGUAUAUUACAAGGAAGAUGAUGAAAAGGACAACAUAUUAAGAACAUGUGAACUCGCGUUCAAUUUUUUGCGGUAUAAGAAAGAAGAAGAAAAAGUUGGAAGUAUCAAGGCGUCACAAGUUUUACAGAUCGUUUCGUCAGUAUCUAUUUCAAGUUUAGAACAACCGUUCUCUAUAAGAGGAACUCUUUGUGAAACAUGUGACGAAGCUCCUUCGCACAAUUUGCUCUUGGAAAUAGAAAUAAUAUAAAAACGUAUAAAGAAUAGAUAAUAUUUCGUUCAGAUCACAAUGGCAAACAGAAUAUACUUAACAUUAUGAAGAAUAACGAAAGCUUGGAGAAUUAUUUGUUGAGUAUCAUAGAGGGUAGUGAAUAUCUCAACAUAACUCGGAAUAAUUCUAACUCGAAGCAUUCAAUAACGUGUGACGAGUUCGUCAGCAAGGAGAAUGUUAUCUCAUCGAUUUGGUUCCAAGCAACUGUCUACUUUCUUUAUAGUACGAUUUUCGUUGUAGCUCUAAUAGGAAAUGGAUUGGUCUGCUACGUCGUUCAAAGUAGUCCAAGAAUGCAAACAGUUACUAACUACUUUAUCGUUAAUCUGGCAAUCAGUGAUAUCUUGAUAGCAGUAUUAUGUGUCCCUACAACGUUCGUCAGUGUAUUAAUACUUCAAUAUUGGUCAUUUGGUCCGACACUCUGUCCAAUCGUUAAUUAUUCACAGGCGGUUUCCGUGCUAGUAAGCGCAUACACUUUGGUAGCAAUCAGCAUAGAUCGUUACAUAGCCAUAAUGUGGCCAUUGAAGCCACGCAUGAGUAAAAAACAAGCGACACUUUUGAUACUGGGUGUCUGGUUACUCGCAUUGAUAAUCUCUUUCCCGAUUGUUUUGGUAUCGGAACUUCUUCAACCUACAUCGGAUAUAUACGUGAAAUGCAAUAAGUUCAUCUGCCGAGAGAAUUGGAAAUCGGAAAACCAAAGAUACUAUUAUACGAUCGCCCUAUUGGUCCUACAGUAUCUGAUACCACUGAUGGUACUUUUAUUCACUUACACUAGCAUCGCCAUAAUUGUAUGGGGUAAAAGACCACCAGGGGAGGCAGAAAAUACAAGAGAUCAAAGAAUGGCACGUUCAAAAAGAAAGAUGAUCAAAAUGAUGAUUACCGUUGUAUUGGUCUUCACCAUGUGCUGGUUACCCUUCAACAUUCUCUACAUGUCGAAGGAUCCAGUCAUUUUGUUUUGCAGCGAAAAAACACGAGCACGACUUAUGUCAGUGUCAGGCACAAAACUAAUGAAAAUCAUGGGGCACCUGCAAGAAGUGCCAGCUUCCGUAACAACGAAUCAUUGCGAACUAAUAUCCCACAGUCUCAACAAUCACAGUUAGAGGAACAGAUAUAAAGAAGAAGAAGAAGAAGAAAAAAAAAAAUGAGAAAGAAAGAAAAGAUAAA